UCGAGCUCGGGCUGCCAGCCCCGGGCCCGCCGGUGCCAUGGACGGCCUGCGGCAGCGCUUCGAGCGCCUUCUGGAACAGAGGAACUUGGCCACCGAAGCGCUAGGGGCUCUCGAAGCCAAGACAGGUGUCGACAAGCGGUACUUGGCCGCGGGGGCCGCCACUCUCCUCAGCCUGUAUCUCCUCUUCGGCUUCGGGGCGUCUCUACUGUGCAAUGUAAUCGGCUUUGUGUACCCAGCAUAUGCUUCAAUCAAAGCCAUCGAGAGCCCAAGCAAAGACGACGACACUGUGUGGCUCACCUACUGGGUGGUGUACGGCCUGUUCGGGCUGGCCGAGUUCUUCAGCGAUCUACUCCUGUCCUGGUUCCCUUUCUACUACGCGGGCAAGUGCGCCUUCCUGUUGUUCUGCAUGAUCCCGGGGCCGUGGAACGGGGCGCACAUGCUGUAUCAUCGCGCCAUUCGUCCGCUCUUUCUAAAGCACCACGAGGCCGUGGACAGCGUCGUGAGAGAGUUCAGCGGGCGAGCUCUGGACGUGGCAGCGGGAAUAACCCGGGACGUGCUGCAGACCCUGGCCCGCGGCCGGGCUCUCGUCACCCCCACAGCUGCCCUGGGAGCUGACCCCAAAGCAAGCGUGAGUCUGCUCCAGAAGGACAAGUGAAGGCCUCGCCUAGCGUGUCCACACAGCUGCCGGCUGGCGAGCUGGGGGGCACACGCCAGCCCAAGUCGUCCACGGAU